CAUUGAGGGUUGGACAUUUGUUCCGGGCGUUUUAAAAUCAAUCAGCAAUGGCAAAGUCGAGUGCUGUACCGAAAUCUAAUCUCCCGGAGGACGAACUGUACGAGAUUGAAAAACAGGAAUUUGAAACUGGACCACUUUCUGUACUUACCGAUGCAGUUAAAAACAAUACUCAAGUGAGUCAGCACAUUCCAUAGGAUUACGGGACAUAAUUUUUAAGUUACUUGCAUCUUUUUGUAAGUAUAGGACUUGACUGUUCAGAAACGUUAAAUCUACAGUUCCACUUGCGUGAUUGUUAGAAUAAGUCGAAUGAAGAAUGCAAACCGGGUUCGUAUUGACUAUUAAUCACGAAGCGUUAAAUAGUUGACUGAUUUGCUGCGGUGUACAAUGCAGUCUCUACGUGUUGUUGAGUAAACACGUAGACGUCGUGUGCCAUUUAAAGCUAUAUGCACUGGUUGGUCACUUAAAUCUGCCUGAAUGGCCAGUAAAAAUGGUUACUAUCAAGAAACUAAAGGUGCUGAUCAACUGCAGGAAUAAUAAAAAGCUUUUAGCACGGGUGAAAGCAUUUGACCGACAUUGCAAUAUGGUGUUGGAAAAUGUUAAAGAGAUGUGGACUGAAGUGCCUCGACCGGGUAAAGGUUUGAAAAAGUCUAAACCGGUGAACAAAGAAAGAUUCAUCAGUAAAUUGUUUCUACGUGGUGAUUCUGUUAUUCUGGUGCUUCGAAAUCCACUGGCGACUGCUGCAGCAGCUGCCCCCAGAUCAUGAAACCUUUUUUCCCCGUUCGUUUUCUAUUUCUUUAUCAAAAUAUCGGUUUUGUGAAUAAAUAUGUAACUACCUAUAUGAAA